CUCACACAGGGAGUCAGCUCAUUGGCUGCCGCAAACUCAUUUAAUAGCUGUCAAUCUGCAUCCCCGGGGCCUGUUCUCCGCGUUACCUUCAACCCACAUACAAACCACAAGCGAAUAACUCCGAGCAAGAACGGCUGCCUAGCCAGCAACGACCGGCGCGCACCCUCAGCAACUCUUCACCGAUUCUAAUCCUGGGCACUCUGAACCGGUUUCAAACUGAAGAUCUCUGAACCGGUUCCAGGGAGAGACGGGGAGAGAGAGAGAGAAAGAGAGAGAGAGAAAAAAACAAAACUAGCAACCCGUUCCAGUCACCGGCGCCAAAGCGGGAUCCAGCUCGUCCUGAGGAAAUUCUACACAAAGAAAACUUUGUUGCUUUUGCAUUUUUAAAAUAAAGGAGAAAAAAGAAACGCAUUGGAUCGGAAUUCGGGAGGACGGGGAAUUCUGACCCGGGAGCCGCAGACUCGCCGGCUACUUCCCCGCUCCCCGCCUACAGACCCCGUGUGCCGCUUGAAUGUAUAGUCUGAUGAUGGAGAGUGAGUUGCAGUCUCCGGGGCAUCCGAUCAGCGCGCCGGGCGGUGGGACCACCGUGCCCGCUGCGGGCACAAACGGCAAGCUGAGUGGCGAGCGGGUCAAGAGACCCAUGAACGCCUUCAUGGUGUGGUCCCGCGGGCAGCGGAGGAAGAUGGCCCAGGAAAACCCCAAGAUGCACAACUCGGAGAUCAGCAAGCGCCUGGGAGCUGAGUGGAAGUUAAUGUCCGAGGGAGAGAAGCGACCCUUCAUCGACGAAGCCAAGAGACUCCGAGCGUUGCACAUGAAAGAGCACCCGGAUUACAAGUACCGUCCCCGCCGGAAGACCAAGACUCUACUGAAGAAGGACAAGUACUCGCUGCCGACCGCGUUACUGCCUCAAGGCCACGGAGCGCUCGGCUUAAGCCAGCGGCUGGACGUGGCCGGCGCUUACGGGCACAUGAACGGUUGGGCGAAUGGCUCUUACCCGGGCUCGGCGGCGGCAGCGGCGGCCGCGGUCAUGAUGCAGGAACAAUUGUCUUACUCCCAGCACCCGGCGCUGGCAGCGGUGGGAGCAGGAGGAGGGGGCGACGGGGGCGCCGGCGGGGGAGCAGUACAUCACCACCAUCACCACCCGCAGCAGUUGCACCGUUACGACAUGCCCCUCCAGUACAGCCCACUCACCGGCACGCAGAGCUACAUGAGCGGCUCCCCUUCCUACGGCACUCUCUCAUCCGGCUACAGCCACCAGCCGGCCGGUGGCAUCCAACUGGCCUCGAUGGUUAAAUUGGAACCGGCCCCUAGUCCCCCGGUCAGCUCGCACUCCCGCCCCCCGUGCUCCGGGGACCUAAGGGAGAUGAUCAGCAUGUAUUUACCCGGAGGAGGAGGAGGAGGAGGAGGAGGAGGGGGAGGAGGAGGAGGAGGAGGAGAAACAGGCGACCCGUCUUCCAGCAGACUGCUGCCACUUUCUCAGCACUAUCAGAGCCCGGCUUCGGGGGUAAAUGGGACCAUUCCACUAACUCACAUGUGAAUAUUGGGCCUCGGGAACGAACUCUGCGCUUUCCUUGAUGUUCUUGUAAAAAAAAGAGUGGACUGCGAACAUUUUUUUUGGCUCUAAACCUAGUGCACAUACCUUAAAAAAAAAAGAAUCUGAAUGUUUUAUUACCGAGGCUUUUUGUACAGUAUUUAUCAUUUCAGGCAAUUGGGAAGAUGAAUGACUGUGUUAAUUGUCGACUGUUGGAAUUUGCCCAGAAUGGGCACUCUCGCUGUUUACACACGCUCCAGAAUUACUCGAAAUUGAGUAACGUGAAAAUCAAUACCCCCCCCCCCCCCUCCCCUCCCCCACCCUCCGCACACAACACGGGAAUUCUUUGAGUUUUGGACAAGUCUUGCAACUUAUUUUUUUUGUAGGAGAUUUCCGUUGCUUUUAGUUGCAGGUUUGUGACCCCUGUGAAUUUAUGUAUUUGAGACUAGAUACCCUUUUUUUUUGCAUUGUAACAUUUUCUGUAACCACGGAGAUAAUUACAUUAUAAACAUAUGCCAGUGGAUUCCAACAGCCAAUGUAAAUAGAUUACGAAAGACCAUACUGCACGCACACUGAUGUUUGUGCUAGUCAAAAUAACUCCGUUGACAUAAUAAAUUUUACAAGAUAUCGUUGUAUAUAAUUUGUAUUUAUACUUAACCUGAUUCCGUUUUGAAAUGUGCUUUUCAACAAUAUCUCUUACGCAUAUAAAAAAUGCUGUUAGGAACUGGUUGAAGUGUUCAAUUUUGAUUUAAUACACCCGGCCAUCAAUGAAAGUACAAUUGGCGCUGGGUUAGGAGAGUUUGCACCUUACCGUGGAAAUGAUUAAGACUGAUAUAUCAGGACUUGAAGAAAUAGUUUGAGUCACCUAAUUAAUUCAUUAAAUUCGAAAGGUAACGCUUAGCGUCUACCUCCAUCCACAAACUGUAGUUCAGCCUCGUUAACUGGAGCAAAUCGCUCCCACAUUGGCCCAUUAGGUUUUAUUUUAUUUCCCAGAACAAGAGCGGAUGUUGAUCUUAAAUGGUGAUAAUUUAAUUAUUCAAAUGUUCUGUUUUUAAAGUAAACGCUCGCUGUUUCGUUGGCAAAGUCUCCGUUAGCCUGGGAGCCACCGCCGGCUCUCCUAACAUGGUUUCAACCGGGAGAAAAACCUGGCUUACUCGAAGCAAGGGCUGAGCAGGUUGAAAAUUACGGAUAUCACUCAGGACAUUAGUACCUUUUACGAAGAAGAGGAUAGAGUCUGAACAAGUGACACAUAUUUAAUUUCCCCUAAAAUAAGGGACGCCGACGUUGAGGCUAUCUCUGUCAGAUUUUCUCAAACAGAAAUUUAUGCGAUUUUAGAAAUUGGCCACUCUGAAUUUUGUCCAGCAGGCAGGGUUGCAUGUAAUAUCGAGUUUCAUUAAAUCCAAUGAGGAUAUAUAUAGUAAAAUGUUUGAAUAUUUAGAUAUACAUAUAUAAUAAUAUAUUCAAACAUUUUAAUGUCAGUAUAUCAAAACAAAACUAAUAACACGAAGCUAUUUUGAAACUUCACAAACUGGCCAACAGGCGAGUUAAUUCGAGUCUAAAUAUAUUGGGUUACAGACUUGGGAAUUAAAUUGUACGAUAUCCCGGGUAAAUAUCUGAGUGACACGUGUCAGAUGUUGCUGUGAAUAUAUCAGUUGUUUAGCGUAGAAUUCAGUCGGAGAAUUGAAACUACUACGUUUUAUUAAAUUACAUAUAAGUUAAAGGUGGUUGAAAUAUUUUUUGCAAACUGUAAACCAACAAAUAUUAAAAGAUUUUUGCAAACGA